GAGAGGGGAUGAAGGGAAAUAUUAAUGACACGCCAGGAAUGGAGAAGUUCCUGGAGGAAUAACACGGAGGAAUAAGCGCCGCGCCGACCCGUGAUGUCCGAUCAUAGUUUCACUUUUACGCAUCACGCUUUUUGUUUUUCUGCCCUCACUGACUGUGUGCAGUAGCAACGGAGGCGCUGAAACCUCCGUUAAAAGUCCGACAGCAGCUGCUAAUCUUUGCCUCUGAUCACCGCCGGGACCCAGUGACAGGUUUCACCUACACUAGAACAUGCAAUAAAGGAACCAGCUGCUUCAUCAUACUCAUCACUGUGAACACAUACAGUUGGUUCCCCCUGACAUGGCCUCCUCCCCUGAGCUGGAUGCUGACUCCUUACCGCUGCUUCAGCUACAGGAGGUGGACUCCAGCAAAUCCUCAGAGAGGCCAAGCUCCCCCGGAAUGUAUAGCACCUCUGUGGGCAUGGACAGCCACACCAUCUGCAUCCCCUCACCGUACAAGAACAGUAGCCACGAGUACAACCAUGGCCAUGGGCCUCUGACCUUCUACAGCCCGUCUGUGCUGAGCUAUGCUAGGCCGCCCAUCACUGACAGCCCGUCAUCUCUGUGCCCCACCCUUAGCCCAUCAGCCUUCUGGCCCUCCCACAGCCACCCCAACAUGCCUUCACUGACUCUGCGCUGCCCUCAGCCUCUCGUCUACAAUGAACCCAGCCCACAUGCAACCUGGCUGGAGCCUAAAACCCACAGCAUCAACGCCAGCAGCUCCAUCAUCAGCAGUGACAAGCUGCUGGCGAAGAGAUCAGGGGACGGAGAGGAAGGCAUGAACUCCUCCUUGUGUUCAUCCGCAGUGGGGAAAGCCGACAUGCACUUCUGCGCCGUGUGCCACGACUACGCCUCGGGUUACCACUAUGGUGUGUGGUCCUGUGAGGGCUGCAAGGCUUUUUUCAAGAGGAGUAUCCAAGGACACAAUGACUACAUCUGCCCCGCCACUAAUCAAUGCACUAUUGACAAGAACCGACGUAAAAGCUGCCAGGCCUGCCGGCUACGUAAAUGCUAUGAAGUGGGCAUGAUGAAGUGCGGUGUAAGGCGUGAACGCUGCAGCUAUCGAGGAGCCCGACACCGCCGUGGUGGACUCCAGCAUCGGGAGCUCACAGGCAAGGGUUUGGCCAGAGUGGGGCCAGGAUCUCAGGCUCAGCGACAUCACCACCUGGAGGCCCCACUCGGCCCUCUCCCUCAGGCCAGCCAUGCACACAAUUUGGUCAUGAGCCCAGAGGAGUUCAUCUCCCGCAUCAUAGAGGCGGAGCCUCCAGAGAUCUACCUCAUGGAGGACAUGCAGAAGCCCUUCACUGAGUCCACCAUGAUGAUGUCCCUCACCAACCUGGCAGACAAGGAGCUGGUUCUCAUGAUCAGCUGGGCGAAAAAGAUCCCUGGCUUCGUAGAGCUGUGUCUAGCUGACCAGAUCCACCUUCUGAAGUGCUGCUGGCUGGAUAUCCUGAUGUUGGGCCUGAUGUGGAGGUCGGUGGAUCAUCCUGGAAAACUCAUCUUCUCUCCAGACUUCAAACUCAGCAGGGAGGAGGGACAGUGUGUGGAGGGCAUCGUGGAGAUUUUCGACAUGCUGCUGGCAGCCACCUCUCGGUUUCGUGAGCUGAAGCUUCAGAGGGAGGAGUACGUCUGUCUGAAGGCAAUGAUUCUCCUUAACUACAAUCUGUGUACGAGCCCCCCCCAGACAGCCGAGGAGCUGGAGAGCAGGAACAAGCUGCUGCGUUUGCUGGACUCCGUGAUCGAUGCUCUGGUCUGGGCCAUUUCCAAACUGGGCCUGUCGACCCAGCAGCAGACUCUGCGCCUUGGACACCUCACCAUGCUGCUCUCCCACAUCCGCCACGUCAGUAACAAAGGCAUGGACCAUCUGUCCUCCAUGAAGAGGAAGAACGUGGUGCUCGUGUACAACCUCCUCCUGGAGAUGCUGGACUCCAGCACGUUCAGCAGCAGUAGUCAACCGUCAUCUUCGCCAAGCUCUGAAUCUUAUACUGACCAGCACCAGCACCAUUUUCCCCAACCCCCGUCUCACCUGCAGCCGGGUUCAGAGCAGACCCUUGCUGACCACACCACUGUGCCUCCACAUGGACCUGCCGAAUCCCAGAUGCUUGACAGACACCUGCAGACUCUGCCCCUCCAGUCCUCUCCUCCUUUUCAGAAUUUAGUGGCGGCUCACAUGGACAGCAACGAUUACAGCCAUCCGAGCACUGGUCAGUGGAUACAGGAGACGCAGGUCCAUCAGUGGAACCAGUAGACUACAUCAUGGCUGAUCGAGUUGCCAUGGAAACUGCCUGAUAAGGGUGACAGGACUAAAAAGAGACUAAACUGAGACUGAACCCUUAAUGGCUCUCCGUCCCCCAAAGAUCGUGAAGAGGAAGAGAAGAGGAAAAACACAAAAAAAAAGGAUUUUAAAAAGUGCUUUUGUGAGGUAACAUUUUUUUUCUCCUGUCGAGAUGUUUUUAGUCUUUGAAAAAAAAAAAGUUUUGAUCGAAUGUAUAUUUUGCGUGCAUUAAUAUUUCUUGUGAAUGUGCACUACAGUCGGUGUUCGCGAGGACAUCGCUGAACCUCUGCCAGUCAGUUCGAGCUCUUUUUUGAUAUACUGUAUUUGUAUCUCGUUUUUCACCUUGGUGUAACGUCAGAACAAACUACGAUCUGCAGUGACUCACAGAAAGGUGCAUGUAGUCAACACGGUUCACAUCCAUUCUCAUAAGGGUUGUUGGUCAUACAGCUAAAAGAAAAAAGGGGGCAGUGUUUUCUAUCACUGUGGUGUUUUUCUCCUUCACUACUUCUGUGUACUUUGGUGUUUUAAUCUGUGCCUGUUCAUCCAGGAUUUUUCUACUCUCUUUGUACAAACUACAAGUUGCAGUGGAGUCAAGAUGCAGCAGUUUGUGGCCUUUUAACACGAUGACUGUUAACACUAGCUUUCUUCUCUGUACAUCUGGUUAAACUAAGGCUGGAUUUACACACUGCAUGUGUGGCAAAGAUUCAAUCUAGGAAACACACCUCACCUGUUGGUUUGUGGACUGCUCUGAAGCCUCAGUUUGGCAUUUUGGAUGAGCACCUAAACCAUUAUCUGUAUCUGUAUCUGUUCCACAGACUAAAUUAUCUGUAUAAUGUACCUGGAAUGGGUGGGGUUAGAACCGGGUGUGGGUGUGGCUUAAACUGGAAAUGGGUGGGACCAAACCAGAAGUUAUGUUGAGCCUGUAACUAAUUAGUUGCUACUUCAUUACUAAUUAUUUAUUAGAAAACUACUUACAGAACAAACACAGGAUUGAGCUACCCAUAUAAGGAUUUUCCUUCAUCACUGGUGCAGAUAUUGACACAUUUUACGUACUCGUAGAAAGUACAUUAUCUGUACCGGAUUCACCAAAAAUUUGUUUAAUUUUUUCUCUUAAACCCCUGCCACCAGCAAAACUGAACAAAGUCUAAUUUAACUUGACAGACUUCGGUUGAUGACAGGCUAAACUCUUAAAAGGUAAAUGUAAAUAUAUCGAACAGAUAACAGUACGCUAUAUUUCGUGCCACAACAUCAGCAUUACCUUCCACAUAAUGAUUUGUUACUUUUGACCCUGCACGCCCUGCUCUUACGCAUUCUCCCUCUCAAACACAUCAGCCCGUCCGCGUCUGUCGUUUUUCCAGUCUACUUAACAUGAAACCGACUGUGUUCCCAUGGUAACUGGAAAAUAUGACACCUACAGUAGCUUAUAAAAUAGCUGUGUGAGGCACUGAAUUUGAUCAAUUCUGUGGUUUUUUAGACCACAAAUGAGAUAAGAAUUAGCUCGUUAGCACACCCCAUGGAACUCUACCAGCAGCAGCACUGGGUCAAACUUGUGUAACAGCAGCAACAGAAAGUUUGCAGAUCAAGCACACAGCACCAACCAUCAACCCAGUCAGCAUGGAGACAUCUGAAGUGGUGUUUUGAACAUACCUACCAAAAUUUACGUGAAUGGGCCAGAUGGUGGAGCUGUAAGGCUGACAUUGGAAAGGCUACGCCCCUCACUCAUUGAGCCCGAAUAAUUUGAAAUGUGACACGCACGUCCAGCUUAAUAGCUCUACAAAAAUGCCUCUUGGACCGUUGGAUGUUCGGCCUCCUGAAUUGUUUUAAAAACGGUCAAAUGAAUAGAACUUGAAUUCGAUGAAGAUCGAUCAAAUGAUGAAAGAUCGGCAUUAAUGACAAACCUUGGCAAGGGUAGGAUUUAGCAGGAAAUAGGCCAUAACUUGAGUGUCCUUUGAGCAGUCCAGAUUAAACGAAUUAGCAGCUUUGCUACAAUCCGGCAUGUUUACAGAGAUGUUUGAUCAGUGUUCAUUAAUGUGCAUUGUCCCUAUCCAAAUAAAGUAAACUAAACUAAACGUGAUGGACACCUUAAGUACUAACAUCUGAACGUACAGACCGAGUUUCGUUCAUUUCUGAUAAAAGGGGGCGAGUGGUGAGAUUUUUUGUGCUGUUAUUAAAAUGCUGCUUACAUUGUAAUGGUGGGACUUCUUUAGACAAAUAAAAAAGCAGAACGUAUUUUGCUCAGUCUUGUGAAGCUAAAAACCUGCUUUCUUCUGUUGGCUGAAAGGGCUUGAACCCUUGGAUUGACGCUUGCGGCUAUAUUAUUAGUUGUUGCUAUUAUUAUUGAAUCCGAAGUACUUACAGAUUUUCUCUGAACAUUCCCUUUUUGUUUUAGGAAUUAGAUUUGCAUAUUGGAAGUUUUGUCUUUGCCCUAUUUAACCUAAUUAAACAUGAUGAAAUUAUCAGUGUCCUUCACAUUGAUUUAUGCACUUCCCAAAUGGAUACCACAUGAACAAAGAGCUGAAUAUAAGCAUGAGUCCAGAACUGGCUUGUUUUGUUGUUCUUGGCUUCACAGACACCAGAAACUGUUGGCUUAAACUUUCUGUCCUCUUACACGUUUAAAGCCUCGUGUUUUAUUUGCUAUGGUGGUUUUGAUUAUGUUCUCAUUAACCACACCACUGUUCUCCUGGAGGAAGAAACCAGUCACUUAUUUUGCACCAUCCAAGUUUGAAUCACUUUGCUUUGAUCGGGCCAAACAAACUGAAAGAGUCGAUCCUUCACAAAAUUGGAUUUGUCCCCCAAACGCAUCAUUUAGGUCCUUUUUGGACGUCUCCUCAAGAGCUGUACCACUUUUCUGCCAAUGUAAAUCCAGCCUCAGUGCCAGAAUGUCCUACUACUGCUGAUAGACAGAUACAUGUUCACUAUCCUUUCUUUCCUGAUGUCUGUAGCUUGUACAUGCACGCACACACGCACACACACACACAUUCAUAUCUUGUGUAAGUUUCUGCCUGUCCGUUCUGAGCCUGGGUCUUUCUCUAACCCAGCGAUACCGUAAACACACAACCACAAAUCAUGGCAAACACAGUUUAUUGUCAAUCAAAAAAAAGGACAAUCUAUACAUCCCAUAAAUAAGAGUUCACAAAAUAAAUCAAACUUUACACAC